CACAUCUCGAACUUUAAUUGUCAACAAAGUUUUUUGUGAAAAAAAGAAAUGAAAUCUACAAAAUUAAAACGAAAUUUUUGGCUUACUGCAGAAAUAGAAUGCAUGCUUAACUUAAUAAAAGAGGUUAAAACCGAGCAAGGAGCUACGCCAACCACGACGACUCAUCACACGUUCACACAAAUUGCAAGCAAAAUGAAAAAACAUGGAUUUCCAAACAAAUCGCCAACACAAGUUCGUCGAAAAUGGUUUCAAAUGAAGUCUGCAUAUCUUUGCUACAAAAAGGGAAACGUAGAUCGCUUGUUUCUAAUACCAGAGAAGUUUCGUAAUGUGAUCGCCCAAUUUGUAGAAAGUGGUAGCAAAUUCGCACACACUCCACCGCCGUCCACAGAGCGUAAAUUGAAACCAAAAGAUAAACCAGCACCAAAAGUAGUUACAGUAGCAAAGCCCAUGUCUGCAGUGGAUACGUUUAUGGCCCAAGUGAAGCAGAACAACAAAUUACUGAAUGCUGAAUUCUACAAGCUAGAAGAGACACUUUUAAAUUAUGAACAAAGGUGUCAAACUAUGAGAGACUACAAUAUUAUUAAAUAUUUAAAUAACUAAAUAAUAAAUAAACCACCAAUAUUUAGCGUCCUUAGUAUGUACAUACAUAAUUUAAGCAUUGCAAUUACAGAAAACCUUGUCAAAAGCUUGAAUUAAAUCAACGUAUAUAAAUAAA